AUGGCUACCGUGGGUUCAGCUGAUUGCUGGUCUGCAUUUUUUACGCAGGAGUUCUGCUGCGACCCAUCAUAUGUAGCUGGAAACCCCACAUGUUGGGACGCCGUUUAUACAUUUGAGAAGUGCUGCCCCGUGACGAAUGUUGCGGCCGACAUCCGCCAGAAGAGUCAAGCAAGUGUUGAUGUGACACUGGCUGUGGAUUGCUGGUCUGGUGUCUUCAACGAGCAGUUCUGCUGUGACGCAUCGUAUGCAGCUGGACACCCCUUGUGCUGGGACGAUGUCUACACGUACGAGCGGUGCUGUCCAGCGAAGGUUACAGCCAACAGCAGCCACAAUAGGCAAACUAUGGCAACCACGGCAGGUGCGAAUCUGGCUGUAGAUUGCUGGUCUGGUGUCUUCACCGAGCCGUUCUGCUGUAUUGCCAAUGUUUCUGAAUGCUGGAGCGGUAUCUUCACAUAUGAGGAGUGCUGUCAGUCCUGCUGGGCAGGGAAUCGUUUCCAGGAGAAGGCAUGCUGCAAUGCUUUCAAGCAAGACUCGCUCAGCUGGCGGGAAGGCCAUUCCCUUCAGAACAGGUGCAAGCGAGAUCCUGGGGUGGUGGCUGCCCUGAGCGCAGUGCGUGAUGAUCUCGUUUUGGAAGUAACCGCCCGACCUAACUUGGAGCUCCCUUUUCAAGAUCCUCCAGCUGGCCUUUCAGCGGGAGGCCAUCUUCAGGACGAGGUCCAUGCGUUCUUGGAGCACUCGGAACACCAGCUCAGACACCCCGGUUGCUGGCACGGGAUCUAUACACGCGAGUACUGCUGCCCGCCAUCACUUCCGCGCGGAAACCACGAAUGUUUCUCGUCAAUCUACACUUACAAUCGAUGUUGCCUGGAGGAGAUGCCGCAGGUCACACUUCUGCAGAAGUUCUAUCGCUGCGAGCACUGCGUCUCCUCUUUCAGAAGGAGCGUUCUUACAAGGACCUUCAGCUGUGAGGAUGUGCAGUUGUGCUGGAGUCUUAGUGGCACCAUCAUUGCAGCAUCGAAGGGCAAUGGAAGCAUCGACAUCCUUUGCCUGCCAACAGUGACGGAAGACCUCAUGCCUGCAAGUUCGGCCGUUUUUGCCUUGCAAUGGGUGAGUGCCCACCAUGCCACCGCCCCGCACGUAGACAUCAUCUCCAGGAAUGACUUUCAGCUUUACUUUUUCGAGAUCUUGCCCGUGUUGGUCCCAUGGUUGAUGGGAGCUUUGCAUACAAGAUUUUGGAGCCGAUCGGGCAAAGCUCAGCAGGCCGUGCAUCGAGAACAGGCGGGAAAGGAUGUGACAAUAGACUGUGCACGGAUGGUUGGUGUGCUGGCAGUUGUUCUUAUUCACCUCAACAUCAACCGAAAUUCGAGACAUGACCGCGCAAUCUGGCGGCACGCUUAUCGAUUCAUUGACGUCUUUGACGUGGUUUCAGUUCUUGUACACAGGUCCCAUUCAGAAAGCUUGCUUGACAGUCUAGACGCGCUGUGGCGAAAAUUGGCUCGGCAGCUUCCUCUCAGCUACGUCCUGCUCCGGGCCAAUGUAUGGAGCGCUGGGAUAUGCCCUAAUGUGGAAUCCUGCUUGGAUGUUCAAAAGCUUCCGUGGUCUUUAGACACAGUGGUCACCUGCCUCACAUUCUCUUACCAGUGGCAACUGCACAUGGAUCUCAAGGUGUGGCUGGCGUUGAGAAGCGUCUACAUCUUCAACUACCACGGUGUUCCUCCCACAGGUGUGCUUGCCUUCAUGGCUUCAACAUUUCUUGUCCUCUACCCGCACCAGCCCGCAAACGGCCUUUACUAUGAGUUCUCUUGUUAUCGCUUGCCGAUGAGCUUUUUGGUGCUUGCGGUGUCUUUGUGCCGCAAGCCGCUCCUCAGCUGGGGAGAGCGGUUUCCGCUCUUUUGGAGCUCUCUGGCCGCUUUGUUGUGCAGUUUGGGUUGGCUUCGCUGCUUGCCCCAUGUACCCGACAAGAACGGGGACUUAGAGGCCCUGGCCCAGACCUGCACGGACAAUGGCCCGGACUUCUUUUGGGGAGGCGUCUUCUUUCACCUGGGAGUGGCGAUGUGUUGCCUCCAGCCUGCCGUGGCGAUGCCAAGAGCACUUCGAGGCAUCGUCUCGCGGAUAGCUCCGCUGGCGCUUGGCAUCGUAACUCUCCAUGACCCAUGGUUGUUUUGGGUGCUGCAUCGAUGCCAGCGCAUGUCUUCACCCUGGUUUUUCUUCCAAGGCUAUGUCCAUCAACAACCUACACGCACGUCAUUGGCGCCUGAUCUCCCUUUUUGGGUUGGGGCGUCGUUUAUCGCCUUUGCCGUCAUUGUCGCACAGCUGGUGCUUUGGACUGUUCAGCAACCGUGGGAAAGGCUUUUCAUGCAGUGCCCCAAGCCUUUGAGCAGAGUGCUCGUUGUGGCUUAUCUGCUCCUUUUCGCUUGGCAGCAGCCAUCGCUGGACCGGAGGGUGAGGUAG